ACCGCCAAGAAAACAUCGAAGAAGAAGCCCGCAUACGCUAAGCUAGAAACCUGUUGCAUUGUCCCGUCUUAGCUAAUAUUUCAGCAACCAUGUCUUCAGUUCAGCAUCUCAGAGAGUUUAUCAGAGAGCGACUAACUGCUGCUGCUCAAGAAAUCUUCACAGAGGUUGAAAAAACCAUCAUUUGCUACGAGGAAGAGCUCGAUGCUCAGCGCAGGAUGAUGGGGAUCGACUGGAAACCACAAAUUAAGCUACACAGAGUCGGUUCGGAGCUGCAGAGACAAAGUUCUGACCUCCAACAGCCAAGUGUCUCAAAUGAGGAGGAAGAUUCUGCCAUCCAACAAGUCUGGAGCCUGGCAAGUAGGUCCAGUCAGGACCAGAAAGAAGCAGAACAUCAGUGGACUGAAGAGGAACAGAUGGAACCAGGAACAAAAUGGAUUAAAAAAGAAGAAGAGGAGGAACCAGAACCUACACUGCUCAAACAUGAGGAAAUGGAAUAUCCACUAAUGUAUGUAAAAAAAGAGGAGCUAGAUUCUUCAGUGCUUCAACAUGAACAGCAGCCACCAGAACAUUUACCAACUGGACAGGACCAGAAGGACCUCUGCAGCAGUCAGGAGGGAGAGCAGCUUGUCCAGAAGCAGUUUGUUGCUUUGAUUGAGACUUCUACUCUUCAGGAAGAUGAUAUGAGUGAAGAAGAGACAAGAACAGAGCAGCUUUCCCUUCAUGUCUCUGCAGUGGUUGAGAGCAAAGAUCAGGAAGGAAGCAGCUGCUCUGUGUCAGAGAGUCAGUCUGAUACUGGCACAAAGAAAAGAUCUUUCAAAUGUGACAUUUGUGGGAGACGUUACACCCAACAUUAUAAGUUGAAAAACCAUUACAGAACCCACACUGUUGAGAGACUUUUUUCAUGUGAAAUAUGCGGGAAAGGUUUCUCUCGAAUGAGAGAUUUAAAUCGUCACAAGAGAAUUCAUACGGGUGAGAAGCCUUUUUCAUGCCAAUCAUGCGGAAAAAGUUUUUCUCAAAUAAGUAAUUUAAAUCGUCACAAGAAAAUUCAUACGGGUGAGAAGCCUUUUUCAUGCCAGUCAUGUGGUAAGAAUUUCUCUCGAUUUAGUCACUUAGAUCGUCACAACAAAAUUCAUACAGGUGAGAAGCCUUUUUCAUGCCAGUCAUGCGGAAAGAAUUUCUCUCAAAUUUGUCAUUUAAAUCGUCACAAGAUAAGUCAUACGUUUAAGGGUUGUCACGAUAAACAUGUGCCUCGUAUUAUUCCCUCCCCUCUCAUUUUCUUGGUAACUGCUAAACACACAGGGAGCUAAAAGCGUCUUUUUCCUUCCACUCUGGUUGAACCCAACACACGAUAAUCGAUAGCGACGACGGCAACAAAAGAUGAAAAGUUUUCAGUUUUCUUGCGUAACGUCUAUAUCCCCCGUAUGUAUGACCUAGAAAUCUCACAUGCACAAAUUAUGUUGUUCACUCGGCUGAAUGAGAUCUAGUGACCGUCACCUCAACACACAAUGUUCAUAAACGAGAGAAGCGCUGUCUCAUGUCACCGUGUGAACAUUACUUCAGUUACCUGCCGGGCUCCUUCUCUCCUACCACAGAGAGUAGUAUAAAGCCUGCUGAGGAGGAGCGAGCAGUCUGGGAGCGCGUUGGAUUCAAACUACAGUCUAUCCAUGUCUCUUAGAGACAAACUGGCUUAUAAAGAGACACCCUUUUGUCAUUUUUCCUUUUUUCUUUUAUGAAAACCUGAACGUUAUUUUUUUGACUGCAUAGUUCAGCUGUCAGUCGUUGUAGUCUUGGUCUGCUGCUGAACACUGUAACCUUCAAAUUCACUAAGCAGGAACAAACCAUUUAAUGCAGAUCCACAGGGUGUUCAGUAAAUAUGGAUCUUUGCUUUUUUUAUCUGGGAAUGAUAACUUAAUUUUUACUGCUAAAAACAAGUAAAACAAAAAACUAUAUUAUUGACAGAGGCCCUAUUUUUUUCUAUUUAUAUAAAAAUUAACCCCUGUUGGUCAAGGGCCUUUGGGAUUAUCAAAUCUUUUCCUUCCUGUAUGCAAGCUAAUAUUUUGGCACUGAAAUUUAACAUGUGUGCAGAUAAAGUGAAAGUGUUACAUUUUGGAACUUAUUGCACCAUGUUUUGUUUGGCUCACCUGUGGUGUAACUACAGUAAAACUGUAAUGAAGAAACUGCAAGUAGCCAAUCAGGACGCUUUAAGAAUCCUCAUAUUUCCACGUUGAACAUCUGCAAGUCAAAUGUUUGUCAUGAGUAGCAUACCAGCUUUUCAUGUUUUGCUGAGGAAUUUCAUGUAAAGAUGUAUGUACAGACUGGAUGUAUAAAACUACUUCACAAUAAAAGCUCUGACAACUGCAA